UUGGGUUUAUUGUUCACUUUGAUCUCCAUCCCGAUUUACAUCUAUCAACUAAACUCAUUCUUAUUAAACUCGAUCUCAACCCCAUUAACAUUGAUGUCUAAACUGAUGAGUAUGGUAAUUGGACUUUCGAUGAUCUUAAUAAUUAGAAAACUACAUGAUUUAAUGAUUGAUGAGAUCUUAUUGAAUUUAAAAUCAAUUGAAUUCUUAUGUUUCAAAAUCGAUCAAACCUCUUUAAACCGAUUGAGAACGUUAGGCUAUGAAACUUGGAUGGAAUUUAAUGAGAUCUUUGUAAAUGAUCAGGAUGAUGAUGAUGAUGAUGAUUUGAUGGGAUUAAAAGACUUUAAAGAAUUAGUUAAAAGUAGAUCGAUUAAAUCUAAUCUUAAUUCAAAGUCUUGUUUAUCUAAUCAGAAACUUAAACAAAUUUAAUUAUAGAUCAUUAAAACUGAUUGGUAUGAAUUUUGGUGGGGUUUCGUAUUGUAAAAAGAAGACAGUCAUCAAAUGUGUUUGUGUGUGUUUCUCUUUUGGUUUUAUUGAUCAGUUUUGUAAUCUUUCAAUUUCUUUAGUUCAGCUUUUAUAUGUUUUUGAAUAUUAUUAUUGAAUUUCAUUGACAAAACAUUUUUUUCUUUGAUGUUAGAGAAUUGUAAAUAGGACUAUAGUUUAAGAAGAAGUUUUUUUUCUUUGAUGUUAGUUAGGAUUGAGGAUAUGAAUUUAUAAAGGAUAAUCUUAUCAAGUUAUUGUU